GGCGGAAAACCUCGACAUUUCCGACCGCCCCGUGACUCGCAACAAGCGUGGGUCGAUGCCACAAUGGCGGCACAGGACUGUAAGCACCGGCUGGCUGGCUUCGAUUAUCUAUUCAUUCUGGACGUAGACGAGUUCAUUGUACCCCAGGACGCCAAACAACGGUCGUAUCUCAAGAUUUUGCAGGAUCACGACUCACGUAAAUCGGACACUUGUCACGAACUACGAUGGGAACGCCACCAACACGCGAUGGGCGUUCAGACCAAAAAUGGUCUACUUCGUCCAGAAUAAUCGGAUCUGGCCUAACAGAGGAACCAAAAU